AUGUCACAUAGCUAGCAAGGACAAGGUAGCCAAUUCGUCAAGGAUUUGCUUAUGGGUGGUACCGCUGGUGCCAUCGCCAAGACCGUAUGUGCUCCCAUCGAAAGAGUUAAGCUUUUGAUGUAAAGUCAACAUACCAUUCCUGAAUUGAAGAAUAACCCUUACACAAGUAUUGGUAAUUGUUUCGUUCGUUGUGUCAAAGAAGAAGGCCCUCUUUCUCUCUGGAAGGGUAACUUGGCUAACGUCAUCAGAUAUUUCCCCACCACUGCUAUUAACUUUGCCACUAAGGAUUUCUUCCAAAGAUCCUUCGUUAAGGGAAUUAAUGCUGAAACUCAAAAGUUAUAAUUCUUCUUAGGUAACACUCUUGCUGGUGGUAUGGCUGGUGCUACUUCUAUGAUGUUUGUUUACCCUCUUGAUUACUGCAGAACUAGAUUAGCUAACGAUGUUGGUCGUUAAUAUAAGGGUUUAAUCGACUGUGUUGCAAAGACUUUCAAGACUGACGGUCUUCAAGGUAUUUAUAGAGGUUUGAGCGUUUCACUCGUCGGUAUCUUUGUUUACAGAGCUUUGUACUUUGGUACUUUCGAUACUGGUAAAAGAUGGGCAUUUGGUGAAGACUAAAGAAAGGCAAACCUUUUCGUUAAGUUCUUCUUCGCCUAAGUUUGUGUCACUUUCUCUGAAACCGUCUCAUAUCCUCUUGAUACAGUCCGUAGAAGACUUAUGAUGCAAUCUGGUAAAGGAACUAAAGAUUAUAACGGCACAAUUGAUUGUUUCAAAAAAGUCCAUGCUCAAGAAGGUAUCAAUGGUUUCUUCAAGGGUAACUUGUCCAACGUUUACAGAUCAGUUGGUUCUGCAUUAGUUCUUGUCCUUUACGACGAAUUCAAGCACUGGUUGGAUUCUUAUGGCAAAUAGAAGAAUUGA